UUCCGAUGUGUAAGUGCUUGCACAUCGGAAGGCCUCGGGAACCAGGCUAUGACUGAUAUCGUUAGAUGAGGGACUGGUGUUCUAAUAAGCAAUGGCAGCGAGUGAAGAACAUCCCAUGGCUCAGCAUUUCGUCAUGUGUCAGCUGUGCGAAGAAAACGUCCAGUUUCACUGUAAACCGUGUAAAAUUAGUCUAUGUGAAAGCUGUGUCGGGGUACAUCUACAAACAAAGACACCAGAAACACAUCGAUUUGUCCAUUUUCACAAAUUUCGGGAACAAAAGUCACUAAAAGCCGAACCGGAAGUAGUGGCUGCUAUUGUGUGUCCGUAUACAAGUAUGUUGGAUAUUGUUCGACAGGGAGACAGUCAUUUCUAUGUGUGCAGUUCAAUCAGUCGACACAUUCAUCAACACGAUUUCAGGCAAAAUGUUGCUGUCGACAGCAGACUUGCGUCAGGGUGGCCGCGACGCUUGGCGAAUUUUGGAGAGUCCAUUAUCUUCACGGAAAGAUAUAACAAUACCGUGAACAUUUUCACAGAAAAAUCCAAAACUAAAGUUUUGUUUAGUACAGGUGAUUGGAAUCCUCACGGGAUCGCAAGCACCAGCGCUGGGAACAUUGUCGUAGGCUUAUGCAAAGUAAAUGUCGGAAAACUUGCUGUUUUUAACGAGAAAGGUCACGUAUUGCAGGAAGUCGAGACGGAUAAGGGUAAACCCUUGUAUUUAGAUCCUUAUUACGUCACAGAAAACACCAACGGAGACUUAUGUGCAGCGGAUUUGGUACUUGAAGCGGUGAUUGUCGUAAAUAGUACCGGAGUAUUCCGAUUUUCCUAUACCGGAAAUCCGUCAGUCGGUACUCACUUUGAACCUCAUGGCAUUGCCGCUGACAGCCAAUCAAAUCUGGUCAUUGCUGAUUGGGCUACGCGAAAGUUACAUGUUAUCAACGAAAAUGGUCAUUUUCUGCGUUGUCUUGACUUUUUUCCUAAUGCGUAUUCAUUGGAGAUCCCCACAGGCGUGUGUAUUGAUAGCGACGACCUAUUGUUUGUCUGUGGAUACGACAAUGAAAAGGUCAAGGUCAUGCGAUACCUUCAUUAGAUACAUGUACCAGUAUGCAAAUUUAAAGAGAAAUGUAACACCGAGGACAAACAUCCUUAAGUUUUGAAAUUCCUCCAUCUGUUCAAUCACUGUGCGUGGGGCUUCACGCUUGGUCACGUGACCAAGAGAACAGGACCAUUUAUGUUGUAACUAUGAUGUGAUUGGGACAUACCGUACCUCAAUAAAUUGGCAUGUAUUAGGAUAACUUUUAAAGUGGCUCACUAGUAGUCACUACAGUGCACCUUGGAAGAAUUUCACCAUGUGAUUUAAUUACCAGGUGUGAAAGAUAUGAUGAUAUGUAGUCGGUAAAUACGUCAAAAGGUAGAGAAUGUGCGAUUUAGGAUUUAAGAAAAAGCAUGAUUUUCAAAAAAUUAUUUCAAUAAUUAAAAAGAAAGAAACUCUUCUGGAUUUGAACUCCGAAUAUGUGGGUCAGUAACCCGAGGCUUUAUCCUUUGUGCUAUGGUGAUAAAGACAUUUCGAUCGAUAUGAACAAUUUCACAAAACAUUUCAACCGCCCUCUUGUGACGUACUGUAAAGUACAAGUCUUUGUGUAGUGAGCAAUCUUAAUAUAAGAAAGAUAACUCUUAAAGUGAUCAACAUGUUUUAGAGUUUAGUAAUUUUACUUCACAUUAUUGAUGUUUUGCGAGCAUUGUUUUGAUAUUAUCUGUCUUGAUGCUAGUAUAAUUUCUUUUACUACUUUUAUAACAUGCUGUAUAAUUUUUAUUGUGUGCAGCGCUUUAGAGUUGUUAUUUAUUGUCACAAAGGGCGCUAUAUAAAUAAAUAUUAUUAUAUUAUUAUCGAUUACAAGGAU